GAUAUUUCAUGGAUUUGACGUGUUAAGAUGUGUUGACUUUUUUUCCACUUAAUCUGAUUGUGUUAGACUUCAUUGUUUUUCUUUGCUUCCACAUUUGUUGUUAUAUUUGAAUUUUAUGCUGACUUGUCUUGGUGGAAUAAUAGAAGUGUCAUCGCAUUUUUUUUUUGAGUCAUGAAAGUUGAUGCCCUAAAUGUUCAAAUGUUACUAAAUACACUGAAUAGUUGUAUCCUUAUAUCUUGAAUAAUCCUCACAUUGUGUGAUUCAAUACUAAAAAGUAUUAAUUUGCAACAUAGAUUCUUAUCGAAAAUGUUUCCAAUAAUCAAGAUUGUUUUUAUAGCUUUUUUGAUAUGCUUUUCUUUUGUAAGUUACGUGGAUUGAACAUGUUCAAGUAGAUAAAAAAAUCAGGUUAAUCAUAUCUUUAGAGACUUGUUGUAUGGUCGUCAAACAUAUGGAGCUAAAAGAUAGAUUGUUACACUUCAAAGGACGCGUGAAAGGUAUAAUUUUCCAGCGGAUGCAUUAUGUCCUACUAGGCAUGGUCUCAAAGAAGGUUCGAUUUUAUUUUCCAUUCUUUGUAUUUUCAGGUUUUAAAAUUUUAAUUUACAUAAUAAGAUAAGAAUAUGUCAAAUACUCUUUGAAAUGUACGAGUUCCAUCACACCACACACAUCCUAUUUUGCCAAGUCAAUAUUUAUUUUUCUUUUUUUUUAUUUUUAAUUUUUAGUGGUUAAUGAUAUUUCAGAAGGACUGCAAAAUGUUAAGCAGAUAUCUCGAAGGAUGGUGAAGAGUUUUUGUGAAAUCCUAUGUUUGACAGAAAAAUUAGAUUUUUCAACUUCAUCAAAGUUGAAUAAUACAUAUAGGGUUUCUAUUAGAGAAAAUGAAGAAACUAUCCAAUCAAAAGGCUUCAUUGCCACUGCCGCUACAUCCCUAUGGUUUCCUUUUGCAUUCAAAACUAUUUUUAAUUUCCUCAAAGAUGACAAGACUAGAUAUCAGUGGGAUGUUUUUUGCUGAAGGAAAUAAUGUGACUGAGUUAGUUCGAGUACUAAUCGGAACUCUACCCGGAAACGAUAUUACAAUCAUUCAGUCUCAUAUGCUAAAAGAGAACAACAUGUUACUUCUUGAAGAGUCAACCAUCGAUGAAAUGAGAGCAUUUUUAAUCUAUGGACCCAUAGAUUUACCAAUAGUCACUUCAAUUACCAAUGGAGGUGAUGUCACAAAAGUUGACAUUUUUCCCUUAGGUAUCAUCAUAAGUCCUGAUGGCCGCUUUGCCUCGGAGAGGGGCAAUAAUGGAAGUGAAAAAGAUGGUUCUAUCUUGACAGUGGCUUUUCAAAAAUUGAUUUGUACUAAUAAUAAUCCAAUCUCCCAGGAACAACGUAUGGAGGCAGUGACUUCAGUUCUUAACCUUUUGAGCUCUAUAGUUUUACAUAUCAAAGCAGCAUUGGGUUGCUUUGAUUAAAAAUGUGAUGUUUUAGUUUCAAAGUUGUUAUUUUUGUUUUUUGGAUAUUUAAACUUUGAAAAUUUCAUAUGUUUGAAGGAUGAUAUAUUCGCUUUCUUUGACUUAUAAAAUAUUAAGAUUAUGAGA